CUUGCGUUCUGUCUUGCACUAAUGUAGAACGGGCUUGAAUAUCGGAACGCUUAGUACAUUCGUCCUUUUCGAGGUGAAAUCAGAAGGACUCGAUUAUUCCACGGUUCUUUCAUUGUGUGCGAUUGCAUUUCCAACUAACGAAUAAAGUGCGACAACAAGGAAAUCGAAGAAAUGGGUGAUAUAAAAUCUUUUUUCCAUCAGUGGUGCGGAAAAAACGCUAAAGAACCACAAUUCGAUGUUCGUCCAACAGGACCGAAGCACAGACAACGCUUUCUCUGCGAACUUCGAAUAUCGGGAUUUGACUAUGUCGGUGCAGGCAAUUCUACUAAUAAAAAGGAUGCACAGGGCAACGCUGCUAAAGAUUAUGUCAAUUACUUGGUUCGUACGGGUCGUGUGAAUCCUAACGAUGUGCCAAGAGAAGCUUUGACGACGCAAGCGACUUCAAACGAUGGCAUUGUGAACGACCCUAUUUCAAUACCGAUGAAAUCAGUAUCAGUAUAUCAAGGAGGCAUGGGACCAAAUGACAUUGGUCAAGCUUACAGGCCUUACAGUGAACAUGGUCAUAGUAACUACACAUACAUGGACAGAUUGGCAGACCAAAAGAAGGUGGAAGAUGCGGAGGAUGUUGAUGUAAACUCUGGCAUACAUGGCAACUGGACGAUUGAGAAUGCAAAAUCCAAACUCCACCAGUUUAUGCAAACUAACAAAAUUAACACUGAUUACAAGUAUACUCCGGUUGGUCCGGAUCAUACGAGGAGUUUUAUGGCAGAAAUGACAAUUUAUGUUUCCCAGCUUCUACGAAAUAUCACCGGUCGUGAAACUGGAUCAAACAAGCAAACUGCUUCAAAAAGUUGUGCUUUGUCUAUUGUCCGUCAAUUGUACCACUUGGGUAUUAUUGAGGCAUUUAGUGGUACAUUAAAGAAGAACAAAGAUACUGAGCUACUGAAACCUUAUCCUGUUAAAAUAUCACCAGAACUGGAAAAUCAGAUUCACGAAGUUCUAAAUAAGUUGGAUAUAAAACCAGUUUGUGUUACUAUGGUGGCGGACAUAAAAGUAGAAAAUAGCCGCUCAUCGAAUACUGGUAUAUCUUUAUUGACGAAUCAAGUUUUGGAUGACUUCAUAUCGUCCGUGCCGCAACCUGCUGGCGUUGUAAGCUGGUCACCACCUCAAGCAAAUUGGAAUCCAUGGACGGGAUGUAACAUUGACGAAGGACCUUUAUCAACGACGUCUUUAGAUCAACUGUCGGAAGACCUGAUGAAUGAACAGCGAACUAAGUUGCAGGACGAUUCCAACUUGCAAGCGAGAAUCAAGGCUAGAUCGAACUUGCCUGUUUCCUCCAUGAAAAACGAGAUUAUGAACGCUAUUAAUGAAAAUCCGAUCGUCAUCAUACGCGGUAAUACGGGUUGCGGCAAAACUACGCAAGUUUGUCAGUUUAUUCUGGACGAUUAUAUCGCGUCCAGUCAAGGCGCGUAUUGCAGUAUAGUUGUCACUCAGCCAAGACGAAUCUCAGCCGUGUCCGUGGCUGACAGAGUUGCCGCAGAAAGAUGUGAGAGUUUGGGACAAUCGGUCGGAUAUUCCGUAAGAUUCGAAUCCUGUCUACCGAGACCUUAUGCCAGUAUAAUGUUUUGCACUGUUGGCGUACUUUUACGAAAAUUAGAGGGCGGUCUUAGAGGCGUGUCGCACGUUAUCGUGGACGAGAUUCACGAGAGGGAUGUCAAUUCUGAUUUUAUCAUGGUAGUGCUCAGAGAUAUGAUCCAUAUGUAUCCAGAUCUCAGACUUAUUCUUAUGUCUGCAACGAUCGACACUACGCUGUUCAGCGACUACUUCAACAAGUGUCCCGUGAUAGAGAUACCUGGUAGAGCGUAUCCCGUGAAACAGUAUUUCUUGGAAGACUGUAUAGAAUUGACGAUGUUCGUACCACCGAUGAUUUCAGGCAAACGUAAGUCCAAGGAUACGGACGAUCUGCCGUUGGACAGUGACCCUGAUGAAAAUCUAAAUAAAAUCAUUGAUAAUUCAUAUUCGCUCCAAACUAAAAACGCUAUGGCGCAGCUAACAGAAAAGGAAAUAAGCUUUGAGCUAAUAGAAAUACUGUUGAAAUAUAUAAAGGCGCAGAAUAUUCCAGGCGCUGUGCUAAUCUUCCUUCCUGGCUGGAAUUUGAUAUUCGCGCUAAUGAAACAUCUUCAGCAGCAUCCUCUCUUUGGCGGGUCAUCCUACUUCGUCAUACCGCUACACUCGCAGUUACCUAGAGAAGAUCAGCGCAAAGUUUUUGAUCCUGUACCGUCUACCGUAACGAAGAUUAUUCUGUCUACGAAUAUCGCAGAAACUUCGAUUACGAUCGAUGACAUUGUCUAUGUCAUAGACUCUUGUAAAGCCAAGAUGAAACUAUUUACGUCUCACAACAAUAUGACUAAUUAUGCGACCGUUUGGGCCAGCAAAACCAAUUUGGAGCAACGCAAGGGUAGAGCGGGUCGUGUUAAACCAGGCUUCUGCUUUCAUCUAUGCUCGAAGGCCAGAUACAACAAGAUGGAUGAGCACAUGACGCCAGAAAUGUUCAGAACACCUUUGCACGAACUGGCCCUGAGUAUCAAGCUGUUGAGAUUAGGCAACAUCGGGCGAUUCUUGUCGAAGGCAAUCGAACCGCCUCCUAUCGACGCUGUGAUCGAAGCGGAAGUUAUGUUAAGAGAGAUGAAGUGCUUGGACAACAAUGAUGAGUUAACGCCCCUCGGAAAGAUUCUGGCGCGUCUGCCAAUAGAACCGCGUUUGGGAAAGAUGAUGAUUCUAGGAUGUAUGUUCCGCGUCGGUGAUUCACUCUCGACGAUGGCAGCGAAUAGUACUACCUUUCCCGAGGUGUACAACAUGGGGCCCGAUGUGAGGAGAUUGACGAUGCAGCAGAAGUGGUUCGCCGGAGCGAGAUACAGCGACCACGUCGCGAUGCUGCACGCUUUCCAAGCAUGGGAGGAGACGAGAGCUAACGGCGAAUAUGCUGAACAAAUAUUCUGUGAGACGAAGAACUUGAGCUUACCUACUUUACGCAUAACGUGGGAAGCUAAGAAUCAACUGCAAGCGCUCUUGCAAAGCGCCGGUUUUCCCGAGGAAACUCUUUGCGCGACACCGUUAAAUUAUCAAGCUGGUUCAGACGUCCGUCUUGACACGAUCACAGCAUUAUUGUGCAUGGGCCUCUAUCCCAACGUGUGUUAUCAUAAGGAGAAGCGAAAGGUUCUCACUACGGAGUCGAAAGCCGCUUUGAUUCACAAGACGUCGGUCAACUGCAGCAACUACGAACAGAACUUUCCGUUUCCGUUCUUCGUGUUCGGAGAAAAGAUUCGUACUAGAGCUGUGUCCUGUAAGCAAAUGACCAUGGUGUCACCUAUCCAUUUGUUACUCUUCGGCUCCCGAAAGGUGGAAUACAUAGACAAUGUUAUAAGAUUGGACAAUUGGAUAAAUCUGGAUAUGAAUCCGCAACACGCAGCAGCAAUUGUUGCUCUGCGACCCGUUCUGGAGAGUCUGGUAGUGAGGGCAUCUAAAGACCCGGAAACAAUUCUAGAGUUGAGCUCUAUUGAGGAAAAAGUGCUGGACGUGAUCAAAUCGUUAUGCAGCAUGAAUGCUUGCCGUUAUGAAUUGGAACAAAUAAGUGGAGGCGGUUUUCAGUCACACCGCCCGCCGCGACCUGACUUUCAACCUUCUACUUAUAGCAAUCCUCCAAAAUUAAUGCGCGGAGAUAAUACCUAUCGUAAUUUAUACAGUAGCAGCAGUUAUGGGAAUUACAGUGGAUACAGAGGAGGAGUAGGUGCCGGUGGCGGCAGUAGCGUCUUUAAUAGAGGAUAUGGAAUGAACGGACCACGUGGUCGAGGAAAUGGAGGAUACCGAGGCAGUAGCAGUGGUGGUUAUCGUGGAUAUUAUUAAUUUGUUUAUUAUUAAUAAAACUAUACGCAACAAAGAAUGGUUAAUAAGAGUCUUAUUGCAGUUUUUGUAAUAGGAUUUUUAUUAUUCAUUCCUUUCUGCAUCUGAAUUUUUUUUCAAAAACUGCUUCAUUAUAAAUAAUUUAUAGCUAUCCAUUAUAGUAAAAACGAAUUAUUAGAUUGCAAUUAUACGUCAUUCGAUAUAACUACUCUAUACAUCAUAUAUCAUUAUAAUUUUCAUGAAAUAAAAGCACUUCUUUUCUUACAGUAGAGAUAUUUAGUCAAUGUUAUAUGUAUGUGAUCAUACUUUAACAUUUAUCAAGUAUAUAUAUUACCUGGUUGAGAUUAAAAUAUAGCUGCACGAUUUUAUACGAUUUUCAACUUUAAAUAUGUAUAUGCAAGGUUGAUAAUCGUAUAAUCAAUUACGAUGUUAGUAUAUAUAAUUCGUGAUUUCUGUGUAACAUGGAAUUAUUUAUGAAUAAAUAUAUAACAUACUGAUACCUAUUCUUCGAGUGGCUGUUAAAAUAGUUAUUAUUUUAUCAUUUAUUAAAAUAUACAAAGGCUAUACAUACACAAAGUGAGAAUAGCAAAUUCUUGGAUCUCCAGCACCGACUUGGUCGAGAACGAUUGUAAUUGUGCCGCGUGGAUUUUUAUCUGCCUAUCGACGAUAACACGCUAUCAGUUAGCCCGCCAUCCGACGCGCGCCGAUGACGUUUCGCGUCGAUGCCGCAGCCACCUAACGGAAGUGAACCGAGAUUAGGACAAAAAAGCAACAUCGUCGGAUAGAGAUGUCGUGUAUCUAUUUCCGAUUCCGAACACGUCGUCGGGAGCGAAGUGGACAGCAGGUCGCUGGCUGACGAAAAAUGGCGAAAAUCCGCACGGUGCGAGAGUGACCGUUCAUCGUCGAUUGACAGUUGCACCGUGCCGAAGUGGCAGACGAGACCUAGAGAAAAAAAGGACUGCCGAGAAAUCCGUUGUAAUGGGUCACUCGCUACCGCGGCGACGCGUCGCGCGACCGUGAACACGGCUGACUGUCACGCUUGGAGCUCGCUUGAAGGACCAAAAAAAGUGAUUCCGCAGCUCGGUGGUUGCGAAACGUCACGCGGAGUCGCAUUAUGACCCGCAACGGGUCUUUGAUCAGUUAAUCCAUCCAUCCGUCCAUUCGUCCGUUUGUUCGUUUAUUCUUAAAUCUCGCAUUACGAAUUUUCGACGAACGAAGUGUGAUAAGGACGACGAUAAGACCAGGGAUAAUGCUUAUUCCUAUAUUCGACCGCUCAACUCGAUAAUCUCAAUACGUUUGAGCAUUUUCGUCAUCCUCCGUGCGAGCCUUGAACAUAUUUGCGAGGUUAUAUAUAUAUAUAUACAGACACACACACACACACACACAUACAUAUAUAUGCAGUUAUGCGUUAUCUGUCGCUCUACUCGCCGACAAAUGUUGAUCGUGGUGGGUUACUGUUGAGUCGCUUGCGAGAUCGAGCAAACGGACGGUGUGGAAGGUGCUCCGAUAGUCGGAUCGACGUACGGUUAGAAAUGCGCACUCCUCGGCGCUCUUUAACGACGUCUCGUGGAGCGGUGUCCGUUUAACUGGCUGUGAAAAGUGCAACAUAACUGUAUCAAGCCCAAAGAAUAUAUAGAUAUAUA